AUGUCCGAUACUAAGAAGCAAUGUUGUGGGACUGAUUGCGACAAUGAAGCUGGGACCUUGCAAUGCCCGACGUGUCUGAAGCUGGACAUCAAAGGCAGUUACUUCUGCUCUCAAGACUGCUUCAAGAGGAAUUGGACCACACACAAGGCAAUACACAAGACACAAAAUGGCAAAUUUUACAACCCUUUUCCGACAUACCCAUACACUGGCUCUGUCAGACCCGUAUACCCACUCUCCCCACGACGACCUGUUCCUAAAACAAUCAAGCAUCCUGACUGGGCCGAGACUGGUAUUCCAAAGCGUGAGAUGCGCUUAAGCAGGACAAAAAUCGACAUCUUGGAUACAAAGGGCCAGGAAGCUAUGCGCAAAGUGUGCAGGCUGGCUCGGGAAGUACUCGACAUAACCGCUGCGGCGAUGAAGCCUGGCGUGACCACCGAUUACCUGGAUGAAAUCUGCCACAAAGCUUGUGUGGAACGAGAUUCAUAUCCUUCUCCGCUUAACUACAACAACUUUCCCAAGUCAUUAUGCACAUCUCCGAAUGAGGUUGUGUGCCAUGGAAUCCCCGAUCAGCGAGUUCUUCUGGAUGGCGACAUUCUGAACCUCGACAUUUCUCUCUACCACGGUGGAUAUCAUGCCGACUUGAAUGAGACCUACUACAUUGGUGACAAGGCCAAAGCGGAUCCAGAUUCGAUCAGACUGAUUGAAACGACACGGCAGGCCUUGGACAUGGCCAUUGAGAUAAUCAAACCAGGUGUGCCGAUUCGAGAGUUUGGUAAGAUCAUUGAGAAGCACGCAGCCUCAAGGGGCCUUGUCGUUGUCAAGACUUGGGGUGGCCACGGGAUCAACACGGAAUUCCACCCUCCUCCUUGGAUCCCUCACUAUGCGAAGAACAAGGCUGUGGGAACAUGUAAACCUGGGAUGACAUUCACGAUUGAACCUAUCCUGGCUUUGGGCAGCAGCCAAGAAGUAUAUUGGCCUGAUGACUGGACAAACGCUACGGUGGACGGCAAACGGACAGCCCAAUUCGAACAUACUAUGCUUGUCACAGAGACAGGCGUCGAGGUUUUGACGGCGAGACUGGAGAACUCUCCAGGAGGGCCAAUCCCCAUACCGGAGGUUACAAAAUGA